AGAGAUCAUUACAAAAGUGAUUACCAGUUUGGUUAUAUGGAUGGUAAUGAAUAUAUCAACGGUUUAAUUAUGGGAGAAGUUGAGAUGCCCUUCAUCAUUGUGUUAAAUAUGACCAUUGAUGGAUACUGUCUACCAGAAAGUAAGAUUGAGACCAUUGAGGAUUUACUUCGCUUCUUAAACAGUGUUCUGGAUGGCAGUGCAAAGCUACUCGGAGGAAAUGGAUUUUUGCAGCACACUAAACGAGUUUUUAAUAAAGCAAGGUCUACUGUGGUGUCAAUGUUCCAGGCAGCUCCAUUCUUCUCCUGUUUUGUGUUUGGACUACCAGUGGGUAUAGUUGCGCUGGUUAUCUGGCGUACAUGUACUGCUGUACCAGCAGAUGAUGAGAAACCUGUGGAAGGAGCUGCAGCAAGUCCUGCUUUAGAUGCACAUGGGAGGAAGACAAAAGAAAUGCAGCCUGACGGCAUAGAAAAAACCUCUGAAGCAAAGAAAGAGGAUUAACAUGGACUGUUUACUUAAGAUCGUGUUAAUCUUUACAAUAUCAUUACAUGUAAUACUGUUUUUUUUCUUUUUUAUAAAUUGUCUUCCCAGUGUUCAGUAUAUUGUUGA